AUGCCGCCUGAUCAGCUGGCUUAUCAUACCAAGGAGAUAGCACGUUUCACUGCCAAGGGGUGGAUUGGACCUACGUACUCUCCGAUUUGCGCUCCCACUAUAAUGGUAGAUAAACGAGACGAUGGAACCGGCGAACUGAAGAUGCGAAUGGUCGUUAAUUAUCAAGCACUAAACGCACUAACAAUAGCUCCUCAGUUCCCUAUGCCAAGUGCGCAGACAGUUUUGGAGAUGAUUGGCGGCGCUGCAUACUUCUCGACUCUGGACCUAGAAGCGGGACUCCAUCAAAUUCGUAUGGCGCGGGAGGAUAGGUGGAAAACGGCCUUUCGUUCAGUACAAGAACUCUUCGAAUAUAAGGCAAUGCCCUUCUGUCUCAAGGGAGCACCUGCCACAUUCCAGGCAAAUAUUAAUGCAUACCUACAGCCAUUACUAGGUCACGGGGUCAUUGCUUAUCUAGAUGAUGUACUUAUAUACAGCUCGACAUUGGAAACUCACGUCCUACUCUUACAGCAAGUCCUCGGCAUCUUCCUAAAACACCAGUUCUACCCUAGGCUGACGAAAUGCAAGUUCGGACAACGAGAGCUUGCUUACUUGGGAUAUAGAGUUCCUUAUUCGAGCAAGCCCUACACACUUUAUACAGAUGCCUCGGGAUAUGCUACUGGCGGUGUGUUAGAACAGGAAGGCAAGCCGGUGGGAUUCCUCAGCCAGGUUAUGAGCCCGGCUCAACAGAAGUACUCCAUAUACGAUCAGGAGCUCCUUGCACUCAUAUCAGCCCUGGAUAAAUGGCGCCUUCUUCUCCGAGGCGCCAAGACCACUGCCUACACCGACCAUCAGGCUCUCACGUACCUCCAACGUACCAAUAUGCAGAAGCCCUUACGCGGACGCACGGCGAGAUGGUUAGACUUCCUGGCAGAGUUCCCCGACUUGACCAUCUCCUAUCUGCAAGGCGCACAUAACAAGUGUCACGCAUCUAAGGCGCUAUCGCAGAAGCCAGCAGGUCUUCUUCAACCGCUCCUCGUUCCUUCGCGCCGCUGGAGCCACGUUAGCCUUGAUUUUAUAACAGACCUGCCCCUCACCCCCCGUGGAGAUGAUUGCAUUCUCGUUAUCGUUGAUUCGCUCAUCAAAAUGGCACACAUCAUUCCCACGAAGAAGUCUGCAUCCACAGCGGAUACCAUCGAACUCUUGGCCGAUAGACUAAUUAGAUAUCAUGGAUUCCCGGAUGUCUUGAUUUCCGACCGUGAUCCUCGGUUUCAAUCCCAGCUAUGGCAGCAGCAUUGUCAGCGAUUUCACAUCAAGCGCGCAAUGUCUUCCCCUUAUCAUCCGCAAUCCGACGGUCAGACGGAGAGGGUCAAUCGCACGUUGGAGCAGAUGCUCCGCACGUACAUUCAGACGGACGAACGUGAAUGGGAGCGCCUGCUACCAGCGCUCGAGCUCGCUUACAACACCACCAGUCAUUCCUCCACAGAGCUCAGUCCCUUCGAAGUUAUGAUCGGUCAGAAUCCUGUCACAGCAGCAGACCUUAAUGUCGUUGGUAAUAUCGCGCCCACCCUGACCCCGCCUAUGACCGAGCUGUUCCAGCAGCUGUGUGACCGGGCCCAGAGUCAUAUUAUUAAGGCGAAGUGGCAGCAGAAACGCUAUGCAGACGCUCACCGACGAGAUGCGCAAUACAACCCAGGCGAUCGGGUCUGGAUAAGCAGCCGUAAUCUUCCGGGGCUCAACCAAUGCUCCAAGUUCGAGCCGCGGUUUCUCGGGCCCUUCGCGGUCUUGGAACGAAUCGGCCAGGUCGCCUACCGCAUCGAGCUCCCGCCGACGUACACGUGUCAUAAUGCCUUUCAUGUCUCUCAGCUUGUUCCCGACCGCCCACGCGACCCUCAGAUGAAGUCCAAAGAAGCCGCUGUUUGGCGGUUGCCGGUGACAGGUCCAGACGGCACUCCCACCGAUAUUUACGAGGUCGACUAUAUCCUCGACCAGCGCGGUUCAGACGAAGAUAUCCAAUAUCUCGUCAAAUGGCGUGGUGCUCCAGAGGAUCGCGCGACUUGGGAGCCCGCUGCCAACCUUACCAACUGCCCAGCCCUUCUUCGUGCUUGGCGACGUCAUAUCAGGCGCGCAAGGAAAGCUCAGCGGGGACCUCAGGACGUCGCCCCCGGCUCUGGUAACACCACCUCAGCAUUGGCCUCAUCGCCAACGUUUUUCUCGCCGGGGAGGGAAGGAGUGGAGCGGCACCCUCCGGCAGCCGCACCACUCGUAGCCGAGGACAGCUUAAAGGAGCCAGCGAGACAUAUAUCGCUGGGGAACACAUCGGACUCUGAAGCGGAUCUCAGAAGGUUUUUCUCAACCCCAGUAGAGCAGGCACUGCGGCCUUUGGGGCUGGGAGAGGAGACGGCGUAG